GGACAACUUCCCCCAUUUAGUUUCAGACUCAUUACCAGAGAAUGUGAAGGCUUAUAGUCACAUGAGAAGGCCUUGUGGAAACAAUUCACAAGAAGUGACUGGGUCUCACAUUUGAAAAGAGUGGAAAUUUCAAGGUAUUAAAUCUUAGAGAAAUGGCUUUCAUUCAUUUGGAUAUCAGAUGUCUAUAUACGCUUCUUAUUUGCACAGCUUUUGGCUCUACUUUGUCUUCAAAUGCUGAGAUAAAAGUUAAUCCUCCUCAGGAUUUUGAAAUAGUGGACCCUGGAUAUUUAGGUUAUCUCUAUUUGCAAUGGCAACCUCCAGUCUCUCUGGAUAAUUUUAACAAAUGCACAGUAGAAUAUGAAUUAAAAUAUCGAAAUGUUGAUAGUGAAAGCUGGAGGACAAUCAUCACUAAGAAUCUACUUUACAAAGAUGGGUUUGAUCUUAACAAAGGUGUUGAAGCAAAGAUACACACACUUCUGCCAAGGCAAUGCACAAAUGGAUCAGAAGUUCAAAGUUCAUGGUCAGAAGCUACUUAUUGGAUAUCAUCACAAGGAAAUCUGGAUACUAAAAUUCAGGAUAUGGAUUGUGUAUAUUACAACUGGCAAUAUUUACUCUGCUCUUGGAAACCUGGCAUGGGUGCCCAUUUGGAUAGCAAUUACAGCUUAUAUUACUGGUAUGAGGGCUUGGACCAUGCAUUAGAGUGUAUUGAUUACAUCCAGGCUAAAGGAAAAAAUAUUGGAUGCAGCUUUCCCUACUUGGAGUCAUCAGACUAUAAAGAUUUCUACAUCUGUGUUAAUGGAUCAUCAGAAUCCCAAUUAAUCAGACCCAGCUAUUUCAUUUUUCAGCUUCAAAAUAUAGUUAAACCUUUGCCACCAGACUACCUUAGUCUUACUAUGAAGAAUUCAGGAGUCAACCUGAAAUGGAGCAUUCCCAGAGGACCUAUUCCAGCAAAAUGUCUCAUUUAUGAAAUUGAGUUCACAGAAGAUGAUACUGCCUGGGUGACUACCACAAUUGAAAAUGAAAUAUAUGUCACAAGAACAUCAAAUGAAAGUCUCCAAUUAUGCUUUUUAGUAAGAAGCAAAAUGAAUAUUUAUUGUGCAGAUGAUGGAAUAUGGAGUGAGUGGAGUGAUGAACUGUGCUGGAAAGGUGACAUAUGGAAGGAAAUCUUACUAUUUUUCUUGGUACCAUUUGUUCUUGCCUCGUUAUUUGUUUUGGUAGUUACUUGUCUACUUUUAUAUAAGCAAAGAAAUUUAUUGAAAAUGGUUUUUCAUACAAAAAAAAGAAGCCCUUUCUAAUCAAGAUUCACUCUAUUGACUCAAUAAAUCCCAGUCUUAUGGCCAAAUGUUAGAUAUGAGUCUUAUCAAACUGAAUUUUUUCCUAAAUGUUGAAUAAAUUUUAUUUUGAAAACA